AUGAGGCUCAUCAAUGUUAAUACUCUCCAGUUGGAGGAAUUCUUUGAUGACGAGAUACCUCAUUAUACAAUUCUCUCUCAUACUUGGGGAAAAGAUGAAGUCACGUUUCAAGAUCUCUGCUGGCUCCACGAAUAUGAGGAAAAUAUCGAAGCCUUUGCUUCUGUCGAAGCCCUGAUGGCGUCGGCCACGAUGAACUCGGCCAAAAAAGCCAAAGAUUUACGACAACGGUCCGGAUUCCACAAGAUUGUCCAGAGCGCACACCUUACAAAAGAACAUUUGUUACAAUAUGUCUGGGUCGACACAUGCUGUAUAGACAAGAGCAGCAGUGCUGAACUGUCCGAAGCCAUCAACUCCAUGUUCCGAUGGUAUCAAGAGGCGCGGAUUUGUUUUGUGUUUCUAUCAGAUUUCCAGCCAUCAGAUGUCAGGAAACCCUCCGUAAGCUUCGCACAGUGCAGAUGGUUUACCAGGGGUUGGACACUGCAAGAGCUCUUGGCUCCAAGACACGUGUACUUCUAUAAUCAGAAGUGGAAACUCGUGGGAGACAAAGACUCCUUGCAAGAUCAAAUAUCAGAAAUUACGGGCAUACCACGGACUAUCUUAGCACAUAAACAAUCACUCCAAGAUGUUUGUCUGGCACGGAGAAUGUCGUGGGCAAGUAAAAGACAGACUUCACGCAAAGAAGAUAUGGCGUACUGUCUCCUUGGUCUCUUCGACAUCAAUAUGCCUCUUCUUUACGGAGAGGGCGACAUGGCUUUCGUCCGACUGCAACAAGAGAUCAUUAAGGACACAACCGACCAAAGCCUACUGGCUUCUUGGGGUCUCGCAAAUUCUCUCCAUACUCGAGGACAUUUCUUUGCAACAUCACCGGCUGCAAUGACAAGAGCCGCUUCAUUGUAUGCUAACAAUAUCACAGAACGGUCCUCUUCGGAGUUUCGGAUGACCAACAGGGGCUUCCGAAUCAAUCUAGCUCUUCUCCUGCUGUCUGAGUUUGAGAGGGGAUCGCACAACGCGCCCAACUGCUACUACGCGCUGUUGAAUUCGGCGAACGAGAUUUUGCUUUGGUCUUUGAACUACCUUCGAGUCAAGGGGCCCCUCAGGGACCACUACAACCGUACGUGA